AUGAUAGCUAGAUUCAAUAUUGUUAUCCAAUUAGGUUUCCUAUUCCGUGCCUCUGAAAGCUUUGUCCCUUUAGCUUCUGAUUCUUCCCGUUUGAGGGCCCCAAUUUUGAAGCUUUCCCGAUUCUGGAUUAGCACUGCCUUAGCUGCUUCAGCCACUGCAGAGCCCGCAUUAUGUGAAACUCUUAAUGAAAACUCAACAAUAAAAUUUGAAGACCACCACCCAAAGGAUUCCACGGAUGUUCUCCGUAGAUGGGGUUGCAGCGACUGUGACAUAUCAAAAAUAUUUCAGCGGCGACCUGGUUUGCGAAAGGCUGAUAUUGCCAACCUUCAAUUGAAACUCGACUUACUUCGAGGAUUGGGCAUCACAUCUUCUGACCUUGUCAAGAUAAUCAAUUGUCGCCCCCGCUUCCUCAGUGGUAGCUUGAAUCGUCAUUUUGAUGAGCGCCUAGACUAUCUGCAAGCGUUUUUUGGGUCAAGAGAAGUACUUCUGAAAGCCAUUGUACGAAACCCUUCCCUUCUCACCUAUGACUUCCACAAUAAGAUCAAGCCUGUGAUUGCUACAUACAGUGAACUUGGUGUGAGUAGACAGGACUUGAUUCAGAUUCUUCUUGCUCGCCCCACCUUAAUUCCUCGAACAUCUCUUUGUAAUGAGAAGUUGGAUUACAUUAAUAGGACUGGGGUCCCCAAGCAUUCAAAACUGUACAAACAUGUGGUUGCCGUGAUUGCCAUUUCACGCAUCGAGACAAUCCGUGAGAAGCUGGCCAACCUCGAGAAGUUUGGGUUUUCAGAAGAUGAGGUUUUGGAUCUUUUUGGACGAACCCCUCUUGUUCUGACUCUAUCUAUUGACAAGAUUCAGCGGAAUAUGACUUUUGUAUUAGGAACAAUGAAACUACCAGCCAGGGUGGUCCUUGAUCACCCGUUUUUGCUGUUUUUGAAUCUGGAGGCUGCUUUAAAGCCACGGAUACUUCUGGCAGGAAAAAUAGAGGAUAUGGGCCUCGAUCCACAAAUUAAAGGGCCUGCACUAUUAAGAGCUUUGAGAAUGAAAGAAAAGCGAUUUGUUAAUGCAUUUAUUAAUUGUCACCCAAAGAAUGUUGCUGAUGAACUGAUGCAGUUCUACAGAAAUGCAAAAUGUGUCAAGCGUUUGGCAGAAUCCUCAAAAAAAAACUUGCACAAGGGAUUCCCAUUUUAA